GUUCACUCGCUUUGGGCCUAAUAGUAGGCGUUUUAACUACUUUAUCCAUUAAAUUCUUAAUUUCGCGCUGUGAAAGAGACGCGGCGUCAUUGUCUUCGGAGGCGGCUCGUUUGCAUUCUAGUGAAAUUGCAGUGAAAAAGAUUGUAAAUGGUGUAGAAGGCUUAAUAGGAAAUACACCAAUGAUAAAAAUACGUAGCUUAAGCAAAGCGACAGGAUGUGAAAUAUUGGCGAAAGCCGAAUUUCUGAAUCCGGGUGGAAGUCCCAAAGAUCGUGUCGCGCUAAACAUGAUUCAAAUGGCCGAAGAACAAGGACUAAUUCAACCAAACACUGGCUGCGUAAUUUUCGAGGGAACUUCCGGGUCGACUGGGAUCUCAAUCGCAAUGAUUGCUCGUGCGAAGGGGUAUGGCGCGUGGAUAGUUAUGCCUGAUGAUCAAGCGCAGGAGAAGUACCAGUUAUUGGAGAAAUUAGGCGCACACGUUGAGAAAACAAGACCGGCUAGUAUUGUUGAUGAGAAUCAAUAUGUUAAUCUUGCGAAACGACGGGCUUUAGAGUUUAGUGGUGGAAAAGAACAUGAAGCAGAUAACGAUAGCAAUGGUGGAAAGGGUAGAGGAUUUUUCGCGGAUCAGUUUGAAAAUUUGGCGAAUUUUCAGGCUCAUUGUUAUGGGACUGGGCCGGAAAUUUAUAAACAGACAGAUGGAAAAAUUAGUGCUUUUGUUGCGGGCGCAGGAACUGGCGGUACAAUCGGCGGCGUUUCCAGUUAUCUAAAACCUUUAAUUCCAAAACUUAAGGUAUUUCUCGUUGACCCACCCGGAUCCGGGCUUUACCACAAGAUAAAACACAACAUCAUGUACUCUCCAUACGAGGCAGAAGGUUCACGAAGACGACAUCAAGUUGAUACAGUUAUUGAAGGAGUCGGGUUAAAUCGACUUACAAAAAAUUUUGAUUUGGCGCGGGAGUUUAUUGAUGAUGCGAUUAGAGUUACGGAUCAGGAGGCGGUUCAGAUGGCAAGAUAUUUGGUGCGUGAGGAAGGCCUCUUUAUUGGGAGUUCUUCUGCAAUGAACUGUGUUGGAGCUGUACGUGUUGCUCGGAUGUUGGGCCCUGGUCACCGGAUAGUCACAAUUCUAUGUGAUUCAGGACAGCGUCAUCUGACCAAAUUUUGGAACGACGAAUACCUCAGAGAACAUGACAUACUACAGCAGCAAAUACCAUCAAUAGAUAUUCUUAGUGGUAGUAAUAAAAAUAGUGGUGAUGAUCCACUAAGUUUCAUUAUGUAA